UCCCUUCCCCGCGCCCUGAGUCCAUGACCUCCGCCUCCGCCGCCGCCUCGUAUGCGCCCCGUCGCCCCGGCCUCGCAUUCCCCGAUGUUCCUCCUCCACAACACCUUCCUGCUCGUCCGCAUCCGCCUCCCUCCUCACCACCCCCUCCGCCUCCUCCACUACUCCUUCAGCCCCAACGGCCACCCGCCGCCGCAUCAUCCGUCCACGGCCCCCGGCCCGGCCCCGGCCCUGCCGCACGCCGCCGAGCUUUGGAUCGCCAAAGCGCUCGCAUCAGCGGCCCUCCUCCGGCCGCACCGCAUCCCUGCCUUCCGCGGCCUCGCUCCCUCCCCGAUCGCCGCCGCGGUCGCGGUCCGCCUCGCGCCGUCCGCCGCCGCCGCGCUGUGCAUCUUCUCCUGUCUGCACUCUCCGCCGCUCUCCCUACCCCCUUGUGAGCACUCCUACCGCCACGUCAUCUCGUUGCUGUGCCGAUCCGGCCGCCACAGCGACGCCCUUAAGCUGUUCGACCAAAUGAUGGGCCAGUCGGGGUACUUUCCCGAUGCGGGAUUCUUCUCAUUCGUGGCAGGAUCCUGCACCAAUGCCGGUCUUCUUGAUGCCACAGCAACUUUGCUCGCUAAGGGCGCCCAGUUUGGUUGCCACAUUGAGCCGUAUGCAUGUAACAAGCUUGUGAACUCGUUUAUUGCACACGGCCGCACGCAGGAUGCUGUUGCUUUGUUUGAGAAUUGGAUUCAAGAGGGGCUGUAUUCUCCGGAUGUCUGGAGUUUUAACAUCAUCAUUAAGGGGUCGUGUCGGGUGGGGAAUGUCCAAAAGGCACUUCAGUUGGUUGAAAGGAUGGAUGAGUUUGGGUGUUCACCGGAUACUGUCACAUACAAUAUUCUUGUUGAUGGACUAUGCAGGGUUAAGGAGGUGAACAAGGGCCAUGAGGUAUUAAGGAGGCUCCAAAGGGAUGGUGUUUGCAUGGCCAAUGUAGUGACAUACACCUCAGUGAUCUCAGGAUAUUGUAAGGUUGGCAGGAUGGAGGAUGCUAUGGCAGUAUACAAUGACAUGCUUGAAUCUGGAAUAAAACCCAACACAGUCACAUACAAUGUACUUAUUAAUGGAUAUGGAAAGGCUGGAGAUAUUGAAUCUGCUUCGGGAAUGUAUCAACAGCUUAUGCUCCGUCGCUGUCCCCCUGAUGUUGUGACAUUUAGUUCGUUGAUUGAUGGGUAUCGUCGGUGUGGACAGCUUGAUGGUGCAAUGAGGAUUUGGAAGGACAUGGUUCAGUAUCAUAUUCAACCAAAUGUGUACACUUUCUCUAUCAUGAUACACUCACUUUGUAAGCAGAAUAGAUCAGAGGAAGCUCUUGGUCUUCUGAGGGAAUUGAAUAUGCGGGAAGACAUUGCUCCAGGAACGUUCAUAUAUAACCCUGUGAUUGAUAUACUGUGCAAGGGAGGAAAAGUGGAUGAAGCAAACUUGAUCCUAUUGGAUAUGGAAGAUAAAGGGUGUCAUCCUGACAAGUAUACAUAUACUAUUCUAAUAAUUGGGCACUGUAUGAAAGGUAGGAUAUCAGAAGCAAUCACCCUUUUCCACAAAAUGGUGGAGACUGGGUGUUACCCUGACGAUAUUACGGUUAAUUCUUUUAUUAGUUGUGUUUUGAAGUCUGGGAUGCCUAAUGAGGUGGAUCGCAUAAUGCUUAUUGCUUCAGGACAUGCUUCAUCUAGUCAGAAAGUUUGUUCUCGCCAGAGCCAAAGACUAGAUAUGUCAAUUGCUGUAUAGUUGAAUCAUACUAAAACAGAGAAUGCAGGGAAGAGCGCCUUAACUGUAUCCGGUGCUUAUGGCAUCGUAGAACUGGGACAUAUCUUGAUGAGAGCAACAGACUCCGGACAUUCAUCUGAAAGAAACUCAAGUGUAAAUAUUGAGAUCUUGGUUGCAUCAAGGCUACCUAAUUGUCGAGAAAGUAAUCAAACCAAGUUCAUUCUGAGUUAGAAUGGAAAGGUUAAGCUGUUUGAUGCACUAUGCAUUCAGUGAAUUAAUUUGGUGAGUCUCAUGAAGAGGAGUCAAACGAGUGUCCAUAGUGCUGCUAUGCUGCAGUGAUGCUACAAAACUUGCACGGAUGAUGCUUGACAUGCUCCUGUCAACAUUAUAUCUGAGCAUAUUUCUGUCAGUCACUUUGGGCAUUUUGCCAGGAUUCAAGAGCAGCUAUGUUCAGGAGAUUUUUAACCGAAUAAAAUUGAACUAGCAGUUGAAGACUCAAUGUUUGAAAGAUUGUAUGGAAGUAAAGUUACUCUCUACAGAGCUACUUCAGUUAUAUGACGUAUAUCCCUUCUUCAGUUGAAGAUUAUGCUUGAAGAAUUGGAUGGAAGUGAUUUACUCUCUAGCAGAGAACGUGUGGAUUAGCAUGGGACAGAUAUGUUUUGGGAGGUCAGCAGAAAGAAAAGAAGACUUUGGAGGAAAAGUAAUGAAAUCAGGCAACCUGAUUUUGCUAGCCAAUCCAAUUUGGCAAAAGCUUGGCUGAGCACGCUAUUAACCUAUUCAAGGAAAAUGCCAAAGCUUUACCAACAGUGAAAUGGGCCUUGCAUCUUGUUAACAUGUCGUUGAUUGGUGCAUAUAAUCCUGUAUUUUUGUGUGUUUUCAAGAGAAUCUCUUUUUAGCCUGUCUCUUGAGUGCAACUAUUAGAAUUUAAAAGUCCAAGCAAUUGCAUAUGAAUAGAAGUCCUUUUUGUGUGUUCUUCAUUCAAAAAAUGCAAGCAAUUGAAUUCAGAAAUUUUACUGAAUCUAGAUUUUUUUUUUGGUUAUUGCCAUUCCGCCGGUUGACUUUGGUAUCUUUACAGUAAAAAAAACAUUUUCACUACUGUUUGCAUCAUGUCCUUUUGUUGUCACUGACAACUUUUCCCUUUUCUUUGUUUGGAGGACGAUAUCUCUUGAGUGUCCCUUUCAUGCAAUCAAUUAUCAAUCAUGCUGGCCGGAGCCGUUGAAUCUUAGGAUCCUUGAUUUCUGAGGCACUUUGCAAGAAAAAGCGCACUGCAUUUUCUGCUGUUGAUGUGAAUAUCACUUGGGCUGAAAAGGAUAGACUAUAUUCUAUGGGCUAUAGCUAGUGCUUUCUGGAGCACUCUAAAUGUUCACUGACUUUCUAUUUUAGGCUAAAAGAAUGCUUGAUUUUCCUAUAUUUGUGACCUUCGCUGGUGAUUGGUGAACUAUUCUUGAGAUUCGGGGAAAGAAUGCGUUUGUAA